AUGCCGCUCUACCCGUCUUUCCACCAGACCAUUCGCCACACCAACCAGACCGACGUGAGCCUGCGCUGGCGCUGCCCGGGUCGCCGUGCGACCGUCGUCUACCGUUGUGGCAGCGCCCUAUAUUUGAACGCAACCCGACUCGCCGAGUACUACGGCUCGGGCUCGGCGGCCCACGCGUUGUGCGCGUACCGCGAGGUGCUCAGAAACGAGACCUCGGGCGUUCCCCACGAUUGGGGCUACAAGCUGGGACCCAGCCGACCCGUGGUCUUCGGGAAAGACUUGGUCGAGGAGUUCGUAGCCGUGACGUGCGUGGCGGGCAUAGAGACGCUCUUCACCGACUACUUCCUUCUUCCACAACUGAAGAACGUUAGCGACAGAAGGCCCGCAAGGCGGAGAGAGGACAUCGUGAACGUGCUCGUUCUAGGCAUCGAUUCGACGUCACGGAUGAAUUUCAAUCGUCAUAUGAAGCGAACGCGGCGGCUACUCUUGGAGGAGCUAAAUGCCUUCGAACUUCUUGGUUACAACAAGGUGGGCGAUAGCUCGUUCGGCAACCAGAUACCGCUGUUGACGGGAAAGCCUGCAGACGACGUGAAACGGCGCUACCGCGACGCCAUUUUCGACAACUUGCCACUCCUGUGGAACGUGUACUCAUCGCAGGGGUACGCCACGCUCUUUCUGGAAGAGAUGCCUUGCUACGGUUUGUUUGCGUACCCAAACUACCGCGGUUUCCGGAAGCCGCCCACCGAUUAUUACCCUGUGCCCGUCGUGCACGCCAUGGAAGAGAACGGAGGCAUCGAGAACUACUGCGCCGGCUCCCGGCUGAAGACGCAGGUAUUCCUCGAUUACCUGGCGGACGUGCUGAGUCUGAACGCUCGCCACGGCAUCCCUGUGUUCGCAUACGCCUGGCUCUCGGACGUGCCGCACAGCAACGAUCACGCGCUGUUGGUGCUGGACGAGCCAGUGUACGGUAUGCUGCGAGACAUUCAGCGACGGAACGCCUUCGAUGACACUACACUAGUCCUACUCAGCGAUCACGGUGCACGGUUUGGUAGCAAUCGUGCAACCGUCAUUGGCCGACACGAGGACAAGACUCCAUUCGGAUACGUUGUUUUCCCACAACACUUUCUGCGGCGCCAUCCCGGAGUCGCCGUUAAUCUAGAGGUGAAUCAGCGACGCUUGGUGACUGCAUACGAUGUGCACGCCACUCUCGUGGCACUCUCCCGCUACCCCGACGCAAGCUUCAAUGCAUCCCUUGCCACAGAGAAGGGCCUUAGCCUGCUGGGACGCCUGCCUCCGGACAGGAACUGCGGCGAAGCCUUUGUGCCUGCAGAGUUCUGCGAAUGUGUCGCAGCUGGCAGCGACUUGGACGAGCAGUCAAUCCUGGUGCAGUCUUUCGCCAGUUUUGUUGUGGGCUACCUCAACCGUCUAAACGAAGCCAACUUCCCUGCUAUGUGCAUCAGGUGGAAGUUGGAGAGCGUGACAGACGCUUUUGCACUCGACGUCCGCCAGAGUGGCAAGAUGGUCAUGCGGGCUCUGGUCACUACCCGGCCAUUGGCGCACUUCGAGGCAUACGGCGAGGUGCGCGAUGGCUCGCAGCAAAAGUUGCUGUUCGUGCAGAGGCUGGACUGGUACGCCAACCAGACCGGGUGCUUGCCGCCUAGCCUGUGGCAGAAGUUGUGUUACUGUGCCUCCACGUAGAGCCGUCCCUCUGCCUACCCGAGCGGCUCGGAGGCACCCGUACGCCGUCUCUAAUGUUCCAGCAAACCUGCAAGAAGCGCAAAAAUAUCUAUUUCUUACAUGAGAUACACAUUUAAAGAAUUCUUAGUAAAUAAAGC